AAAUUCUAUUUUACAAAAAAUUGGUCUAAAAAUCGUAUAAAAUCAAAGCUUGGCGUGAAAAUACAACAAAAAAAUCGAAAAGGAUUAAUUACAUUUUUCUCGGUGUGAACCAGUUUGAUGAAGAAAAAAAAAAGGUCAAUUGCGUCUUCCACCCGCUCAUGAAUAUAUUGAGGGCACGGUUCUAUGUGAAUUGAAAAUUUGUUUUUGUUUUCUCGUUUGAUUUGAAAUAUUUACACCUGCGACUCAAAUUCAACCAACAAAAAAACCCAAUUUAAGGAUUAAAAAAAGGAUACACAACCCAAAAGCAAAAAUUAACUUCAUUAACUACUAAAUCAUCUAAGGUUUAUCUUGAUCAAAAAUCAAACAAAACUAUGAAGGAAUUUCACUAAUCAACAAUCAGCAAUUAACUCUGGAAUCUUCAAAGAGCCUCGGACAUUUUAAGGACGAAAAAUAAAGUGUAACUAAAAAUGUUCCACACACAAUGGUUGCCAGCGGCAUGUGGAAGCCUAGCACCAGCCCUCAUACCACCCGCCCACAUUGCCGUUCUGUGGUAUUUCUGGCAGAACUAUGCUCGGUUUGUGGAUAAGCGGUUUUGUUCAUGUUCCUGUUGGGAUACCGUAUUCAAAGGACCCUACGAGUCCGGAAUUGCCUCUUACAAACACAUGUACUUCAAUGCCACACAGAAUUCAAUGAAAAUGUGGAUUUUAACUGUCCUGGCAGUGAUUGGACUUUACGAAUGCAUCAAGCAAUUGAUUGCCCUGAUUCUACAGAAUCGAGUCAGAUAUUCAAUGGUGCUGCUAUUUUCGCUGUCGAUAUUUUCUCACUAUUAUGCGUGGUGGGCGUGCAUGAAUUACUAUAACGAUGACUACUAUAACCAGUGGAAUCAUCAAUUGUUUUUCACGAUAACGGAACUAUUAUCAACUGUGAUGGUAAUGCACUUAGCGAGCACCAACAAUGCUGUCACUUCGAAGAAAAUCUUUUGCAUCGUUGGCAUAGCACUGUUACACAUAGCCGCCAGCAGUUUUGACCAAUUUGUUAUGAAUGUGAUUCGAGGCGAAGGAUAUGCCCAUCAAGUAGUUCGUGAUAUUGGAUUUAUGAUACCCGAUAUCUUACAGCUGUUGAUACCACUUUGGCUAUUGCAACAAAGUCGCAAGGAGUCAUAUACUACACGGCCAUUUUAUCGGGAUCGAACCCUUCACAAGGACAUUAUAGCAAUGAUGUUUUUUGUGCUUUCCUUAUUCACUGUGUGUUCGAUUCUGUGAUGAGAUUGAAAUAUAUCAAAAUGGAAGGAAAUAAGUGAUUUCGGGGGGGGCGGCAAGAGGGCAACCCAUGGGGAUGAUGUAGACAGCAUACAUAACCUCAACGAGUUGCAAAUCGUGUAAGUUCUCAUAUAAAUAGACUCGUUCAAUUAUUUAGUUUUUUGAUUGAUUGUUUUAUAUAGCGUGUGUAGUUGAACUUUGAUAAGAAAGAUAUAGAAAGAUAUAAUAAUAGAUUUUUAUAGAUAUCUAUCGAUUACUGCCUAUUAAAUGUCUGUCAAUAUUAUUUUUAGCUCAGCGUUAUACAUUGUGUGUAGAUUAUUACUUUAACUAUAAUAGAGCUAAAGAAGAACUAUAAUGUCAAAAAGCAAAAUAUAAAACUUUUUAAUGUAAAAUUUUCAUUUUCACAACAGUUUCAGAUUCAAUAUACAUAAUUUUUACAUAUUGAUUGUUUGUGCUUAUUAAUGUUAAUCGGUAGUUUUUAUUAUUAUCUAUUUUUUAGGCAUUUUUAUUUUAUGUAACAACUUUAUAGAGGUGUAACGAUCCAUGUGUCCUAGCCGUUUUAGCCCAUUUUAGAAAGAAAGUAUUCCAAUGAUAAAAACUCGGCAUAACAUACCCCAUAAAAGAGCGAAACGUUUUGACUUAAUUUCGAUUACGAUCAACCUUGGGACAAAUUUUGAUGUCAUUUUCACUUCAAAGAGUUACCAUUUAUGUUGACCGUCUAAAAAUUUAUUGUGAAAUAGUUUUCUGUUACGAUCUAGGCUCUAGGGUCUAUUUCAACAUCAGUGAUCCAAAAAUCAAUAGUUGAUUUCCAUUGAACGUCGGGAAUACUUAAGCAUUGUUAUGGUCUAAAUCUAAACAGGGCAAAUGUUCAAAAAAGUGCUUUCAAAAGUUCAAUAAGCCAUACCAAUUUGUAAUGGUUAAAGCCUUUGAUGAAGCUGAUGUAGUAAACUGUGAAAUAGGCCCCUGAUCAGCUUAAGCUUCAAUCAUCACAUUUUGACAAAUUUAAUAGAAAAUCUUUAGAUUGCCAGUUUUGAGUUCAACAGACUUAUGUGAAAUGGCAUCCUACACUGACGGGGUUUUUUGUUGGUAAACAAAUUUGUUUAUAUUUUUUUAUCUAAAUCUGUCAAAAACCUGAUUUUUUAUCUUUUUUACUUCAAAAUUUUUUUUAGUUUUUUUAACUAAUUGAAGCCCUCAUUAAAAUAUGAAUUAAAGUGAAUUAUGAAUAGAUACAUUAGUUCAAGCAUUUGAUCAAAUAAUUUGAUAAUAACAAAAUAUACCUACCCACUUUUAAGUUUCAAUAUGGCCACUCAAAUGUAAAUUCUACUCGUGUAUAACAUCAGAAAAAGAAGUAUAACUUCAAAAAAAAAAACUGUACAGUCCGAAAUCAAAAGAAUCAAGGGGCACGGUAGUGCCCAGCCAAGUUCUCUACCAUCUUUUUUGGCACUACACCCUUAUUUACAGGAAACAACUGAGGCCAUUUUCGACCCCCUCUAACUUCCACACCAAAGAUGCCAGAAAUUUCAAACUCACUACACUUGUUGAGCUGAUCAAAGCCAAAUUCUUACGAUGAGUAGUUUCUGAGAUAUAGGGCUUCAAAAAUCGCGAAAACCGUAACUGGCUCACUCACAGAUCAUCAAAAUUAUGGAGAACUUCCGGCUAUCGUAGAAACUUGAAAUUUUACAUUGUGACGUGUUUUGUGGUGUAUACAAAGGAAAAUAUCAUUAAUCGUUUUUAUCAAAAAAACAAAACCGACUUCCGUGGAUCAAAACAGGGUUUAAUGGUUUUUCUAAUAGUUCCCAUGACUACAACUGAGCGAAAUUGUAAUGGGACCACAUGGCAGCCACCAGCUUUCCAAUACAAAAGGAAAUAUCAAAAUUGGUUCACUCAGUUCAAAGUUAUGAAAAAAAAAUACAGACGAAUACUGAUAUGUAAAAGUGUACCAGGUUCUAAAGUUUGUU